AUGCAGCAGGCUGGAGUUCUCACCAUCCAUGAUAGCAAAUGUUCUGUUUCAAGUUUUUCUAUGAAUGGCUGGUGGGAUAUUGAUAAGUUGAGAGGUGUUUUUUGUGAAGACCUUGUUCAACAGAUCAUUAGUGUUCCUAUGGGGUUUUUGGGCUCUUUACCUGAUACUCAGAUUUGGAAGGGUAGUGCUAAUGGCAACUUUUCUGUUAAAUCUGCUUAUAGUUUAUUCUUUGAAAGCUGUUCUACUCCUGACUCCUGCUGGAAUUCCUUGUGGAGUUUAAAUGUUCCUCCUAAGCUUCAAUACUUUAUGUGGCUGGCUUCUCAAGGCAAAAUUUUAUCUAAUGAUCAGCAUGUUAGAAGGCAGUUGGCUUCUGACCCUUCAUGUGGCUUUUGUUCUUGGCCUACUGAAACUGUUCUUCACAUUCUUCGUGAUUGUGAGCAAGCUCGAUCUACGUGGAAUGCUAUUCUCCCUGCCUAUGCUCACAAUUUUUUCCAUUUAGAUGCUCAGCUUUGGAUGAAGGUCAAUGUGCUUUCCAGGGAGGAAUGGAAUGGUGAUGUUCCUUGGAGUACUUUUUUUGUGUUUACUUGCUGGCAUUUAUGGUGUUGGAGAAAUAAACAUGUUUUUCAGAAUGAGGAUACAGUCCUCUUUAGUCCAAGACAAGUUAUUUGUGGGGCAGCCCAAGAGUGGAUUAAGUCAACUUCUAAUCGCACUAUAAGGGUAAAUAAAGUUCAAAUUCAUGUUGCCUGGGAGCCUCCUAGGCCUGGACAGUUCAAUCUGAAUGUGGAUGGUUCAAGGAGAAGCGUUACUGGCUGCAUUGGUGCUGGGGGAGUCAUUCGUGACCCUUUUGGUGACUGGGUAAGUGGUUUUGCUGUCAAUCUGGAAAAAGGUCAAGUUCUUGAGGCUGAGAUAUGGGGUCUUUUCUUUGGUUUGAAGUUAGCAAUUGAGAAGGGCAUCAGUAGUCUCAUUAUUGAGAUGGACUCAACUAUUGCAGUCAAUCUCUGUCAGAAUUCUUCUAUGCUUGCUCUGCAUCCUCUAGCUGCUUUGGUUAGGAAAUGUUGUGACCUUAUGCAGCAGGUUCCCAGGUGUGCCCUUCAGCAUGUUUUUCAUAAGAAGAAUAUUAUUGCUGACCGAUUGGCUAAUUGGAGUUAUCAAGUGGAUCUUGGGCUAUGCUUGUUUGAGCAGGCCCCUAGUUGGUUAAGUGAUUAUCUUGUUGAUGAUCUGCUUGGAAUUUUUCAUUCUAGAUUGGUCUGUUUAGACCAGUUGGUGUAG